AUGACUCAGAAGAAGCUUUCCACGACGCUCCUCAAAUACGACGACAUACUCCGUCGCUAUUUAUCUUCCAAAGACAACAAAUUCGGUUUAUGUGCAUCAGCUAUCACCAUUUGCCUCAAAACUUGUGUUGCCUUAGGCACCCUAGAAUUCGGAAGGGGGGUUCACGUGGAUUCCAUCAAGCUCAGUUUCAACUCUGAUUGUUUUGUAGGUUCUACUCUCAUUCGGUUUUACUCACAAUAUGGAAAAAUAAAAUAUGCACAUAAGGUGUUUGAUGAAAUUACUCACAAAGAUAUUGUUGCUUAUACUUCCAUUAUCAAUGCAUAUGCCCAUUCUGGUGAUUCCUCUGCUUAUGGUGCUUUCACAAUUGCUUCUACAAUGCAGAAACAUGGUCUGCUUCCGAACCGAGUUACCUUAGUGAGUUUGAUGCAUGCAGCGGCGAAAUUGGGGGCAAUGCAUGAGGGCGGUGCGAUUCAUGGUUACGCUGUUAGGAGAGAAAUUGGUUUGUGUGAUGAUGUUUUUGAGACAACCCUUUUGGAUAUGUAUCAUAAAUGUGGUGGUAUUGGGUUAGCUGCCUCGGUUUUUGCCAAGAUGGAUGCUCGAAAAACAACAAAUGUCGGUUCUUGGAACACUUUGAUAGCUGCUUAUCUUCAAAAUGGACAGGCUUUAGAAGCUUUUCAACUUUUUCGUCAAAUGAUAUGUAGAAAUGUUUUGCCUGAUUUGGUAACAUUGGCCAAUGCUAUUCUGUGUUGUGGUGAAUUGAAUUAUUUACGUCGAGGGAUGAGUAUUCAUGGAUACAUGAUCACGAUGGGAGCAGAGCUUGAUUUGGUGGCUUCUACUGCUUUGGUUGAUCUAUACUGUAAAAUUGAUGUAACCAAAGCUAGGAAACUGUUUGAAAGAUUGGGGAAUAAGGAUGCUGUUGUAUAUAAUGUUAUGAUGACUGGUUAUCUUGAAAAUGAGUUACCUGUGGAGGCGGUAAAUGUUUAUCGUGAAAUGGUCAAGUGGAAUAUUAAUCCAAAUGUGGCUUUGUUUCUUAAUUUGAUUUCUGCUAUAUCAAAAUUGAGAGACAUUAGGUUAGUCAGGUCUAUACAUGGUUAUGUAUUGAGGCAUAAGCACAUAUCAAAUGUGGAAAUCGCAAAUCAAAUUAUUCAUGCAUAUGCAAAAUGUGAGCUUGUAGUGGAUGCAAGGGUUGUCUUCAGUAGGAUGAGAACAAGGGACUUGGUUUCAUGGACUUCGAUGAUGACAGGUUAUAUUUAUCUUGGCCACAUUGACGAAGCCAUAAAUUUGUUUCGUCUGCUGCAAAAAGAAAAUCUAAACAUUGACUCUGUUACUCUAAUUGGUCUCAUUCAGGCAUUAUCCCGGCUUGGAUAUCUAAGUUUUGUUAAGGAAGUUCACUGUUUCAGUUACCGAUUUUUUCAUGGUAACGAGCUCUCUGUAAAUAACUCUCUUAUUAAUACGUAUGCUAAGUGUGGAAAACUGUGUAUGGCUAGAUAUAUAUUUGAGCAAAUGACAGAACUGUCUCUCACAUCAUGGAAUGCAAUGAUAGGUGCGUAUGCGAUGCACGGAAACUAUACAGAAGUGUUAGAGCUCUUUGAUCAUAUGAAAUUUGCAAAAGUUACACCUGAUGAAAUGACUUUCACUUCAAUCCUCACUGCCUGCAGCCACUCAGGAUUGGUAGAAGAGGGUCUACAAAUUUUUGGGAUAAUGAUGAAGGAAUAUGCAAUAGUUCCAAGUGAAGUUCAUUAUAGUUGUAUAGUAGAUUUAUUAAGCCGAGCUGGUCGGCUUAAAGAGGCAUAUAAUCUGGUCAAAAGCAUACCGUCAAGACAUAGUUCUGCUGCAUUGUCUGCUUUGCUUUCUGCUUGCAGAUUAUAUGGAGAUACAGAGAUUGGGGAGGAUAUAGGGAAACAAAUAUUAAAAUUGGAAACACAUAGUUCUGGUGCUUAUGCUUUGGUAUCAAAUAUACAAGCCCAAGGGGGGAGGUGGGAUGAAGUAGCCCAAAUAAGGGCCGUGAUUAAGAAUACAAAAAUGAGAAGUAUUCCUGGAUUUAGUGCAUGUUUGGAUUGA